CUUAUAGAGAGGCUGUGAUUGGGCUAGACAUUAUAAGGGUAUUAUUACACGUCGCCGUUUAUUCACAGUUCAGUUUCCAUUUAGAUUAUUCAACGGUGAAACAUACACAUCCUGUAAAUUACUCUCAGGUAACCGGACUUGAUUUGUAUUAUGGCUUCAAAAGACCAACAGAACGACUUGCCUGCCGGGUUCCGAAUGCAGUUCAAAUCUUUCGCAACAGAGGCGAUCCACGUUGGUCAGGAACCUGAGCAAUGGAAAUCUAUGGCGGUGGUACCACCUAUUUCUCUGUCCACCACGUUCAAGCAGUAUGGACCUGGAGAUCAUGCUGGUUUUGAGUACAGUCGGAGUGGAAAUCCUACUAGAAACUGUCUGGAAAAAGCUGUUGCUGCUUUGGAUGGAGCAAAGUAUUGUUUUGCUCUUGCUUCCGGGCUGGCUGCGACCAUGACCAUCACUCACAUGCUGAAAGCUGGAGAUGGCAUUGUCUGCAUGAGUGAUGUAUAUGGAGGCACCAAUCGUUACUUCCGGAAGAUUGCUACAGAAUUUGGCUUGGAUGUCUCCUUUGCUGAUUGUACCAAAAUCGAGUUGCUCCAGGCUGUUCUUAAGCCAAACACAAAGUUAGUAUGGCUUGAGACUCCCACCAACCCUACCAUGAAGGUGGUGGAUAUCCAGGCCUGUGCAGCUGUAGUCCACCAACACAACAAGGAUACCGUGGUGGUUGUGGACAACACUUUUAUGUCAGCCUACUUCCAGCGCCCCUUGGACCUCGGAGCAGACAUCUGCAUGUAUUCAGCUACUAAGUACAUGAAUGGUCACAGUGAUGUUGUAAUGGGCCUGGUGUCUGUGAAUAAUGAGGACCUGUAUGACCGACUGAAGUUCCUUCAGAAUGCCCUGGGAGCCGUACCGUCCCCCUUUGACUGCUACCUGUGUAACCGUGGCCUGAAGACUCUGCACCUGCGUAUGAGGCAGCACUUCAAGAAUGCCCUGGCAGUGGCCAAGUUCCUGGAAGCUGACCCCAGGGUGGACAGAGUCAUCUUUCCAGGCUUACCCUCCCACCCCCAGCACGAGCUGAUGAAGAGACAGUGCACAGGCUGCCCAGGGAUGAUCACCUUUUACAUAAAGGGAAAACUGGAGAAUGCCACCACCUUCCUCAGCAGCCUCAAGAUGUUCGCACUUGCCGAAAGCCUUGGCGGUUAUGAAAGUUUGGCAGAGCAUCCGGCGAUAAUGACCCAUGCGUCUGUUCCAGAGAGUGAUAGAGCUGCCCUAGGGAUCAGUGACACACUGAUACGUCUGUCUGUGGGGCUGGAGGACGAGCAGGACAUCAUUGAGGACCUGGAACAAGCCCUGAACGCCGCGCAUCCGAAUAAGUAAUGUCUUCACGACGUCCCAAGACCAGCGGUUGUCUGUCGUCAGCGGGGCGGAGCAAAGGCAAGAAUACCCGGUGUUUCUAGCCGUGUACAAGGAGAGAGCAGCGAGAUGGCGCCUCAACACAGCACACACAAACUGUAUUUAUGAAUGCACAAAUCAGGGAAAAACCUGCUCUUUAAACAUACGCUUUCUUCAUUUAAUUAUUGAUAACCUUUUUUAUCAUCAAUUCUUUGAAUGCUAAUUUUAUCAGGAGGAAGAAUUCCUAAAUUUUAUUUCUUGCUGCUUUUGCUCUGUGUGUGUGUUUUUUGUUUUUUUUGUUUGUCAUUGUGAAUGGCGGUCUUAUUCAAUUAAAACUGGUAUUCAGGAGUAAGGGAAAACGGCAUUCAGUUGUCUUUCUGCUUCAUAUAGUUAAACAUGAAAACUAAUGUACGGUACAUUGAACUAUGAGAAGAAUGUCUUGCUCUGUAAAUGUCAGGACAGCAGUUUUGAUUAAAUACAACGGUGUCUGGCUCUAUCAGAUGUAUGCGUAGUAAAGGAAGUUGGACCAUGAGGGAGUGCGAACUGCAUGCUUGUCCUUGCCUUGUGUCAAACAUUUUUAGUGGAAUGACUCAAACAAGUAUUAUUCUCUUGAGCAAUGUACAAAGUUCCAGUGGUAUUGCUAAACUCAACCCACAGGCUUGUUCUCAGAUCAAAACACAAAUGUCAGGGUUUUCUAACUGAGAACCGACCAACCCCACGUUGUGUUGGAGCUCUUCACUCAGUUGACAGUGUUAUCAAUCACAUAUCAUACUUACUGUAUCGCUGAUUGCUACGCAAGUAUGUGCUUCAAUUGGGAAAGACUAUGUUUGAUCAAUGUCUUCUGUGUGACCAAACUCAUUAAAUUCACUUUGCAGUACA